GAACAAUUUGAGAAGAGUCCAUGCCCCUUUCGCUUCCAGGAUUCUAUUAGAAAAUCUGUUUUCAGCUUCUGUGCCAUCCAAGCUGCAUAGAUCUCUGAAAAUGCUGUUCUCUGUGCAAAACAACAACAUGAGAAUUUUGUAUACAAUAAGUGCUGAAUUGCAAAUAGGCUUUUGAAACCCACGUGAUUUUUGAAGACAUCAUCACAGCAGGAGAAAAUUGUUCUUUGCUUCCCUUUAGAAGAAAACACCAAGAAUACAUCAUAUCGGUUUGGGGAAAGAGCGAUGGAAGAGUGCGUGUCCCCCUUCAGAAGAAUGUCAGGAUCUGGAAUAUGUGAAUUCUGAAUAUGGAAAAAAUGGAGUGAGACUCCUGUGUGUUGCAAGGGAAGGCAACAUGCACUGCAUUAAAGAACUAGAAAUCUCUGUACAUAUAAGACUGGAUUCUGUAAAUGAAUACCUGCAUGCUGAUAACUGUAAAGUCAUCCCCACGGACACCAUAAAGAAUACAAUUCAAGCUUUGGCCAAAAUACAUGGGGUCAAGACAAUAGAGCAGUUGGGCCUUAACAUCUGUGAUCACUUCAUUAACUCUUUCUGCCAUGUGAUAUACUGCAAUGCCUUUAUCCAACAGGUGCCAUGGCACCGGCUAGAAAAGGAUGGUACACCACAUGUCCAUGCUUUUCUCUAUAGCUCUGAAGGAGUUCGAUUUUGUGAAGUGGAACAGACUAAGGAAGGUCCUCCAAUUGUUUCUUCUGGCAUCAAGGAUCUGAAAAUUAUGAAAACAACCCAAUCUGGUUUUCAAAAUUUCUUCAAGGAUAAAUACACUACACUCCCAGAAAGGGCAGAUAGAGUGCUGUCUGUAGAAAUGUUGAUAAAGUGGUGUUAUGGUGCAUGCCCUGAAACCCUUGACUUUGAUUGCAUAUGGAGAACUGCGCAUGAAUGUGCCCUUGAUGCUUUUGCUGGACCACCUGAAACAGGUCAUUACUCACCUUCUUAUCAGAAGACAGUCAACUGUGUUCAGGAAUACAUCCUAGAAAAAAUUCCAGAGGUGGCUGAAGUAGAAGUGAUCUGUUCCAACAUCCACUAUUCAGUGACACCUCUAGAAAAAUUGGGAUUGUGUAAUGACAAGGAGAUUUAUACACCUCAGGAUACACCCUUUGGGGCUUGUGCAUCAACAAUGGGUAGGAAGAAGGUCCCAGGAGAAGAGUGCAAAGAUCCCUCAGACUGCAAAUCCCGCUGCUCCGCUGGAUGGAAGUCAGCCCAGAAAAACUAAGCUGCCAACUGCCUCUAUACAUCAUCAUAUUCAGCAAAAAAUGAUCUCAUAUCAGCAUGCAUGAUUUACUCUUUCCUUCCAUAAUGCCCUAGCUCAACAUGUAGAUACAAGUGGCAUUUUCCAAGGUAGCCUACAAGAAACCAUAUGCUAACAUCACAGUGCAUUUCCUUUUGCUUCUUUUGAAAAUCCAAAUUAGAAAUGUUCAGAACAGCUCUCUGGUACACAAUGAGUUGGAUUUGGGUGUACUUAAAAUUGAAUCAUUGGAACCAGUGGGACUGAAGUCAGUUGUAAUUCAUUUAAAUUCCAUUGAUUGCAAAGAGCCUUCUCUAACCAGGGUUGUGUUUGGAUCCAGCUCCAAUAGUUUAGCAGGCUUCCUAUGUGAAUUAGUUGCUCUAAGCUUUCAGGGUUUUUUUUUUUAAACAUGUGAAGCCUCCUGAUUUUUUCUUCUUGGAAGCAAUUACUCUUAAGAUAUUCUUAUUUAUAUUGAGAAAGUUUAUGAAAACUUACAAGCGUGAUUCCUUGACUUCCAGUAAGGGGUAUGUCCACACCGAUUGAAAAGUUUCAGAUUUUGUUCCUGUUCUUUCCAAUUUAAAAUGGGUUAAAAUAAAAGUGACGUGGGGUGCUGGUAUAAAAAGUCUCUGAUUAUACUAGGAACUGACAGAAAAUAUUCCAGGACAAACAAAUUUUGCAUGGAUCUCCAAAAAAGAACAGGAACAAAAUCUUUUUAAUCAAUGUUAACCCCCCCCCCCCCCCAAAGCGCAUUAUAAUGAACUCUGCUAGCUGAGGAACUGCACAUUCUUCUGAAUAAAUAAAUAAAUAAAUAAUAAAAAUAAAAUUCUAUCCUGCCUAUUUAAGUUCAGUCUACAACUGCUAAGUGAGGCAAAGGGAGCAGUAGUAUUGCAUUUUGCAUAUAUGGUGUAACUUAGUUAUAAGAACAACAUCCAAGUUUGUGUUGACUAAUUGAUAAUUACAUAAUGUGAUGACUACACUACUCCUGAAUUUUGCUCCUCUGAUUUACAGACCCCUAGGGCAUGUGUGGGAAGGCCAAUAACUGUAUCUGCUUAUGUAAUCAGUCAUGCCAUAGCUACCUUCAUAGAUUUAAGUAGAUUUUCUUUAAUAAUCCUCAAACAUUUAAAGGUGUUUCUUCAUUUAAAAGUGUCUGAUGGUAAGCAAGCAGACUCAACAAAAAAGUUUCAGCAUGGGCAAUUUUAAAAAAUCUAAAACAGAAAAUAAUAGAGAAUUGCCUUUAUGGUGCAGACUAAAAAUCAAUCGAGGCUUUUUUCUGUUUCCCAAGCCAGCCAUGUACUAUAAGCACAAGUUACUUUUUUGGAUUACAACUGCCAGAAUCUCCAGCUGAGUCUUGCAGUCCAAGAAGUACAUUUUUCAAGCUCUGGUUUUAGUCUGGAAAAGCAUGGUCCAAGACAGCAGAAAUUAAUUGAAAAUUGCCUUUAUGGUGCAGACUAAAAAUCAGUUGAGGCUUUUUUCAGCUUCCCAAGCAAGCCAUGUACUUUAAGCACAAAAGUUCCUUUUUUGGAUCACAACUGCCAAAAUCAACAGCCGAGUUUUGCAGUCCAAGAAGUACAUUUUUCAAGCUCUGAUUUUAGUCUGGAAAAACAUGGUCCAAGACAGCAAAAAACAAACAAACCUUUCCUUUUGUUCUCAUCAUUUAUUUAUAUAAAUUUCAAAGAGUAACCUACAAGACAUGGCAUCUCUCUGUUGUGGGAUCUUAAACAGUUUGCCAAAGGAAUGCAAUUAUAGGAUUUGGUUAUAUCCUGAAUUUCAAUCCCACUUCCUUAUCAAAUUUCAAUAUCUUAUCCCCAAACUGAUAAUCUAUCCAGAGCACUUUGGCUAGAUGUGUGUGAAUGAAUAUGAAUGCACACUUCGGAACUAUUCUCUACUCUAAGGGAUACUAAGGGAUAUUUCCUAUGUGACUGCUAGUGUACUAUUCUUUUUUGCAUCUUUGCAGUAUCCUCAUCUUGUCCCUUGUUUUUCUCCAAGAAUAGUUUAUAUAAAUAACCCAUGCUCUUUCAGUCUGCUUGCUAAAAAAAUUCUAGUAGUUUUCUUUUUCAAUAUAAAUUCAACUCUCUGUAACAGGACUGGUUGGAAAACGUUCCCUCCAAACAACAAUACCUUUUGUUAUCAGAUAUGGAAUGGGGGGAAAGGGGAUUUUCCAAUGAAACAAGGCAUAAUUCCAUUUAAGCCUCCAAAUUACUUCUAAUAAACUACUGUUUGGGGUCCAGUUCAUUGAACACACACACACACACACACACACACACACACACACACACUAUAAAACCACUAUCUCUAGCAAGGAACACUUAGUUCUUCUGAUUUGUUCCUUCUGAAUACUUCUUACAUUUGCACUGAGAUUCCUCAUUUUUCUAUAUUAAAACCUAGGUUGCUUUGCAAUUGAGGAACGUUUCCUUUGUGCAAAACAAACACAUAAAAUCUGCAUAUAUCUUUCCUCAACCCACUAUCUUCCAGAUGUUUCAGACUUGGACAUGCUAGCUGGGACUUGACAAGAGUUCUAGCUCAAGACAUCUGGAGGGCACCAUAUUGAGAGAGGUGGUACUGAUAUAAAAAUCUUGACCUUUCAGUGAGACUGAAGUUUUCCCUGUCCUUCAAAAGCUACACCGAAAGGUGCCUUUUUGACAAUAUGUGGUGUCGUUGAUUUUGGUGAUGGUAUCAGAA